UUGCCAUUAGACAUGGAGCGGAGAUUAAGAACCAUUACGUGGCUCGGAUGUUUGUUCCUACUUGGAAUAUCAGCGGAGACUGUGAUGGGGGAGAAUAGAGUAAUAUUUUUGAAUCAAAAUGAAGUAAUAAUGGACCACAUGCUGCGUAUCAUGGACGAGACAGCAAACCCAUGCACGAAUUUUAAAGAAUAUUCUAAAGGCAGUAACAAUAAUGGCUUCACAAACGAGUAUUCUUUAUCGGCGUAUAACAAUUUCAAUCGUACGUUCCAUGCUGUGUUUGAGCAACUUAAGAACCGAGCCUACGGAUCAGGCAGACUGGAGGAAAACAUUUUAAAGUUGUACAGCGCCUGUCAAGUUGGCCAAAAGCAAGAAAAUAGGAACAACUAUUUGAAGGUGGUUCGACCGGACAUCAAUCUCUCCUGGCCCCAAAAUACGCCUCGAGGCAGUCAAUGGCCGAAAGAGCGCUUCCAGUGCAACUACACGGUGGUGAUCGAAAAACCCACCUUUUUCGGUUACAUGGGUUCCCAGAACUGGUUGCAUGAACUGGGAUUCACCAAAAGUAAAGCAAAGUUUUUAAAUGAAGAAAUUCGAAAACUUAGGAAUAAUUUAAGCAAUCAGAAUGAGGAUAAGCCGUUAAAAAAGCGUUUAACCCUUCUGGAGUUAGAAAGUCAGUAUGGAGUUUCCCUAAACAAAUAUCUCGAGGUCGUGUUCGAUCGCAAGUUCCCUCCGAGUUUCAAGUUGCAGAUUGAUGAUGUGAAUUACUUAGUAAGACUCAAUCAACUGAUAAGCAACUCCGACCAAGAGGCUGUUGCCGUCCUCCUCAUGGAACGCUUCACCGACUUUAUGACUUUAAUGGUUAACUCUGAUAAACUCUACCACUGCGGACUGAUUGUUAGAGAUCUUAUGGAGUUUGCCAGCAAUCUGCUUUUUGAGGAACAUAUCCUGGGUGAUAAGAAACUUGGGGAGUACCAAUUCCAAGUAACAAAAUUAUUUGAAGCGCUACUCAAGCCUUUUAGAAAGGGGUUAGAGAGGAAUCGCCUCAAUUUACCAACUUCCCAGAUAUCAGACCACCUGAAGACUUUGAACGGAAUCACUGUAAAUGUGGGAAACAUGCCAAAAAAUGAAGAUCACCGCCGCUUUGUGACAUCUUACUACGAGGAUCUCGACUUGGAAAGCGGUGAUGAGUUAACCAUCGUUAAUUUAAAGAUGCGGGUGUUUGAGACAAGUCGCGAGCUGGGGAAGUUAGGCAAACCAGUGUCGAAUGAUCCGAUCCCUUUUAGGGGAGAUGUCAAAUUAGUUAAUUUCAAUACAAUUGUCAUUUCCUACCCCGCUUUGAUCGAACCUUAUUUUAUGGCUCGUGGCCACGACGUAUUCAAGUUCAGCAAAGUUGCUCUUGAUGUCUCUUACUUAUUGAUUAUAGCUUUACUUACUGGCAAUUGUCAGGACAAAACAAAUUUGAUAAAGACUUUGGAUGAUCAUAAUCUAUUUGGCAACAGUCAAUUUCCUUGCGACAAAGAUUACAUGGAAUGGGAUGUGGCACAGAAAUAUUUCCGAGUGGUCUUUAAUCUGGUGCACGAUGCUUACUUUUUACCGGGAUCAGGAUUCGACCAAUCGCAACCCAACUUCUCCGAUAAGUCUGUGGAACAGCUUUUCUUUCUGUUUUCGGCGCAGACCAUCCCAAAUAGCGAUUUUCUGACCAUGAUGCCCACUUUCUCUAAGACCUUUAAUUGUUCAAGUGUCUCGUAAAGUUUAUAUUGUUUUUAAACAAAAAAGGAAGCUUAGCUGUGAUUUUUAAAUCCCUACAGCUAUAACAAAAACAUAAGGUUCUAUAAAAGUACUAUAAUGAUGUAUA